AUGAGCGUUGAGCUCGCCGCAAAGCUCGGCACAUGGCUUCAACAAGUAAUUGGAAUACUUGGUCAAGAGCUUCACCAUACCGCCGAGCUUCGGCUGUCUUUCCGCUCCCUGACCCAGGCACCUAUGCCUAACCGCCAGCCCUACGACCUCAGUCCGCCCCAAGGCUAUUCGAUUAGGGCUGCGAGCCUUGAAGCUGCUCGCAAUCCAGACUCGUUACGCGCUCGCACAUUGCGCAAUGUGUCGCUGGCGGCUGCAACUCUAAUCGAACAUGCUAUAUUGCCACAUCUUAACGUGUCUCCCAAGCUUGCAGCCACAUGUUAUGCGCAUCGUGAGCGCUUGGAUGAUGUCGUGGGCGUCUAG